AUGUCAAGAUUAACAGGUCAAGAAGAAUAUGAUUACUUAUUCACAAGAAAUGAAUUCAACCUUGAAACCAAGUCGACUAUUGGUGUAGAGUUUGCUACCAGAUCUAUAGAAACCGAAGGAAAGAUUAUCAAGGCCCAAAUUUGGGAUACUGCUGGUCAAGAAAGAUAUAGAGCUAUUACAUCUGCAUAUUACCGUGGUGCUGUUGGUGCUUUGUUGGUUUAUGAUAUCGCAAAGCAAGCUACUUAUAAGAGUGUCGAAAGAUGGUUGACUGAAUUGCGUGAAAAUGCCGAUCGUAAUAUUGAAAUUAUGUUGGUUGGUAACAAGAACGAUUUGAGACACUUGCGUGAAGUUAGCACUGAUGAAGCAAAGGAUUUUGCCGAGAAACAUAAACUCUCAUUUAUUGAAACCUCUGCUUUGGACUCUAGCAAUGUAGAAAUCGCCUUCCAAACCAUUUUGACUCAAAUCUGUCACUCUAUGAACCGUCAACCAAGCAUUUCAGGUGGCCAGUCUGGUGAAGCUGCCUUAAAACAUCUUGAGCAUGCUUUAGACAUUAUCAACAAUUCAAAAUUUGAAAGUGACUCCCUCAAAAGGGCAGCAAUAUCAAGAACGAACAAUAGUGUGAUUGCAUUACAAGUCAUCUGUGCUUUCAAGAUGGAUGGUGGGAAUAAGGUAAGGCAUCAAGAAUCAAAAGAGAAAGUUUUCCAAUUUAUUAAUUAA